AUGUCAAAUGAUUUACGUACUUUAUCAUCUGAAUUUUCAAUAGAUGAAGCUAAAACUAUAGCUAAUCAAUAUUAUGGUUUAAAUCAAUUUAUUUGUCAAUUACCAAAUGAACAUGAUCAAAAUUUUCUUUUUCACCAUGAGCAGUCAAAAUUUAUAUUAAAAAUUUCAAAUAUAGAUGAAAUUUAUUCAGUUAUUCAUAUGCAAAAUCGUGCUAUGGAACAUAUUAAUAAUAGAAUUUCUUUAGCUAAUUAUCGACCUCAUACUUCGAAAUUAAUUUUUAAUUUAGAAAAACUUCGUGGGCAAAUAGAUAAAUCUCUUAUGAAAUUUAAAGAUGAAUGUGCAAAACGUGAUAUUUAUUGGAAUAUAAUUAAUGCUGAAUAUAUUAUUAAUAAAUAUAAAAAUUUAAUUAUUGAUAAAAAUCAUCGUCAAAUUAUUGAAAAUAUUCUUAAAGAUUGGAUUGAAAUAGUUGUUACUUUAUUUUCAUCACUUCGACAAUCAAUUAUUCAUAAUGAUGCUAAUGAUUAUAAUAUAACUGUUAUGGAUGAAGAUAAUAUUAAUUUAAUUGAUUUUGGAGAUGUGUCAAACAUUUCUUAUAAGUGA